UUACAUAUUCCCAAAAAUGUCCGGGAAACAUGACUUCUCGCACUUGGAGUGGCAGGGGAGCGAUGACUCGGACACGGACGUGCUGCUCGCGACGCUCUCACCGGAGGAGGUGGAGGAGCUCGAGCGAGAGCUCCUGUACAUCGAUCCGGAUCCGAAUGUACCGGUGGGACUCCGUCAGCGGAACCAGACAGAAAAAGUCCCGUCUCGAGGAUACAACAGAGAGGCCAUGCUCGACUACUGCGAGCGGGAGACGAAAAGACUGAUUCAGAGAGAGCUGAGCACAGAGAUCUGAGGACACUGAAUGGCUGAUUUACUGUAGAUGCAUCACAAACACCAAGAUCCUUGAUAACAUGCUUGACAUGCCGUCCUUGUCCCAUGUAUUAACACCCAUUUUGCUGCAAACACAUGGACCACAGAGGGAUCCUAAUGCCCUAUAAUAAUACCAUCAUAAGUACUGGUGGUGAUGGGUCGCAUGACUUCUGACCUCUGCAUUGCCUUGGAGUAUUUUGUUGUGCUGCACAUUUACAGAACACUUAGUCCUCAAAGGACAACUUAUUAAAGCUUUUUCGUUAUAAAUACACCAGGAGGAGAUUAAAACAGUUUUAGAAAAGACAA